AUGCAGUAUUUCCCUUCCGGAAGGACGGUUCUGGUGAUUGCUCAUCGCUUGAGCACGAUUCGAUCAGCCAAUUUGAUCUAUGUUAUCAUGGAUAGAAAGGUAACUGCCUGCCACCCCACUUUGAUAAAAAGGACCCCUCUUCCAACUGCGCUCUACCGUACACCAGCUGGCUGUAUCAGGAUAUUCCAUUCAAUCAAAAAACCGAAACGUUUGGCAGAGUUAUCGUCAGAGCUCAGGAAAGAUGGAAUGUAUCAAACAGAUCAUAGAAGAUUGAAAGCUGCCCAAUUCGCUGCAAAGACCAAUAGUUCGAUGAUGCAAAAGAUUUAUUGA